AAUAACUCGGACACCUGAGCAGCUCACGCACAUAUUCGGAACCAUGGGAAAGAUCUACCAGGUCACAGUGAUUGGAUUCAGAGGGGAGAAAAUGGUAAUAGACGUGAGCAAUACGGAAGAACAAAUGAACAGUACGAUAGUACUGCAACUGAAAAAUAAAAUUUCUGAAAGACUCCCGGGGAACUCAGGGGACAAUCUGGAGACCCUGCGACUGAUCUUCACAAACAAGCAGCUGGAGGACUCAUCCGUGCUCUCCUCAUAUGGGAUCCAGAACCAGUCUGUCAUUCAGCUAGUGAUGAGGGUGCCUGGGGGAUGGAGACAUUGACGAAUGGACAGAAGAGAGAAUCUUUGUCUGCAUUUUGGUGUCUUUUUAAUACUGUAGUCUUGUGAUAUUAAUCUCACUGCCAAUCUCAUUGCCAAAGCACACGAAGGAACUGAUGUUGAUAAAUGUAUGGGCUCUUUUUUUAAAC